AGGAAUGAGUGGAAGCAGAGGGAAGACAUAGCCAGUUCUCAAUUCCCAGCUGAUGGAGAGGCCAAGACAUACGGAAGAUCCUGGUGACUGAAAGAGCAGAAUUUUCCCAGCUGCCUGUAGGUCUAUUGUAGUCAUGAAGUUGCCUUGAUUUAUAACAGUGAGGACUGACCGAAUAUACUCCAUCUUCAAGUGUUUUUUUCAGAAUGAAUCUGUUCACCUUCUCAAUGCCUUGAUUGUUCUUAAGAUGAAGGUAUGGAAGAGGACAAGUCCUGCUUUGAUGCUGCUCUGUGCUCUGUUGUCUUUACUCGUUUGCACAGAAGUCUUCUUCCGGAGCUGGAAAGUCAGCUCAACCCCAUCUCAGUCAAUAAUGGGUUCACCAAAGAGAUCAAGGAGAUUUCCACGAGCCUCCGAACGCAAGUCACCUAUGAUUUCACAAUACACUGCCCUUUUCGAGAGUUAUACUCAAGGCGAGAUCCGAGAACUUGUAUCUACUCUUGUAGAGAGGUACAGCCAAUCCUUACACUCUGGAGACGACCCAAAAAAUGUAGCCAGAAUGAAGAGAGCCCGUGCGCGCAAACAGCCCUGUACCAUAAAAGAGCUCGAAGUGAGAGUCAGCGAGCUUGGUCUUGGAUACAUUUCCGACGAAACAGUUCUGUUUCGCUACUGCAGUGGUACAUGCGAAGCUGCUGUACGCAACUACGACCUCUCUCUACAAAGCAUCAGGAGCAAAAAGAAGAUAAAAAAAGAGAAAGUAAGAGCCAAACCUUGCUGCAGGCCUGUAGCAUACGAUGAUGAUAUAUCUUUUUUGGAUGCCAAAAAUCAUUACCACACCAUCAAAGAGGUAUCUGCUAAGGAUUGUGGCUGUGUUUGACAGGUAUCAAGGAUAAACUCAGCAACAGGUUUGUGUCCGCUAGAGAAAAUACACAUUCCAAGCUAUAAGGAUUCAUCCCAUGGAGGCAGAUCGCCAUUUUUAAUUUCUACCUCAUUGAAAUGUAUACAUUGACAUAUGACUCAAGGAAAAUGGUUGGCUGCAAGUAACUGAGAGAACCGGAUUGAAUAAAGAGGUUCUACUGUACAUCAGCUUCAAGAAUGACUAUAAAUGAAAUACAGACCCAUAAUUAUGGUAAUGAAAUAUGGGGACACAAGCUUCUAUCACAUUUGCAUUGCAUGUGGACUGAGUUGAGACUCUAUGAGUAAAAUAUUCAUAGGUUCUGCUCUGCUCCCAGGUACCAGGCAACAUUUAU